UCGGAAUCAAGCCAACAGGACCGAUCUCCGAUGCAAUGGGCAAGAAAUGUACUGACCCCGGCCGAAUCGAGUCACUGGGCGCCUGAUGCAGAGAAACCUGGCCCUCCACCAUCGUGCGUGAUAGGGCUUUGUGGUGAAAAUGACAUUAGGGGUCGUGUGGACGGAUCGACUCAAUCAGAGUGGCUCCAAAUGUCCUUGCAGCCUUUAACCGGAAGGGCUCAGAGGGGUUAA